UUCAUUGCAAGGACAGGUGCCAGAUUUGACUGGCUAGUGACUAAUCAUGGCAGCUGUUUCUGCCAAGAAGAGUAAAAUAGGGUCUCAUCAUGCCUCAUCAAUACCAGAAUUCAUGGGCAUGCCAGAGAAUGAGCUUAAAAAACCCAUCAACACUAUUGAGGCAAAGCACUUGCUGGUUCCUGCGUUUCUGCGAACAAAGGGUUUGAUGAAGCAACACAUUGACUCCUUUAAUUACCUCAUCAACCAGGACAUCAAGAAUAUAGUGAAAGCCAACAGCAAAGUCACCAGUGAUGCUGAUCCAUUGUUCUUUGUAAAGUACAAUGAUGUUCGAGUUCUAGAACCUAACCUGUGUGAGAACAACAUGGAAAAUAGUGGGACAAGUCCUCAUGAGUGCCGGCUCCGAGAUCUGACUUAUGCUGCUCCAAUUGUUGUGGAUAUAGAAUACUUGCGAGGUGACAAGAGAGUCAACAGGAAAAAUGUUUGCAUUGGACGCAUGCCGAUCAUGCUUCGUUCCAGCAACUGUGCCCUCACUGCUUGUUCAAACAACAUUGAACUUGCUGCACUCAAUGAAUGCCCACUUGACCCGGGAGGCUACUUCGUUGUCAAAGGGCAAGAGAAGGUAAUUCUAAUUCAAGAACAACUGUCGAAGAACAGAAUGAUUGUUGAAAAGGACAAGAAAGGUUGCAUUACUUGCCAAGUGACAUCUUCAACUCACGAGAAAAAAGUCCGCACCAACGUCAUCCUCAAGAACGGUAUUUAUUACCUUAAGCACAACUCAUUCACAGAAGAUCUUCCCGUGAUCUUUAUAUUCAAGGGCAUGGGAUUUGCUUCUGAAAAAGAGAUAAUGGCUAUGAUCGGCUGUAGUGACCGCCAUCAAAUUGAGUUCUUUGCCACGAUGCUUGAAGCUCACAAGAAGGGUGUUGCUACCCCCACUCAAGCCUUGCAGUACAUAGGAGACAGAGUCAAUCAGAAAAGAUUCCUCAACAAAGGAGGUCCAAAGAAAAGUGCCAUUGACGAAGCCAGAGACCUUCUCACUACGACCAUCCUGGCUCAUGUCCCUGUCAAGAACUUUGACUUUAAAAGAAAAGCUGUGUACCUGGCUCUCAUGGUACGACGAGUGAUAGAUGCUCAGACUGACAGCAACAUCCUUGAUGACAGAGAUUACUAUGGAAACAAGCGGUUGGAACUUGCAGGCUCUCUUCUUUCACUUCUUUUUGAGGAUUUAUUCAAGCGGCUCAACACUGAACUGAAACAAAGAGUCGAUAAAAGUCUCUCAACAAAGGGUAAAGUAACUGUGGUGGACGCAGCCACUUAUCUGGAAUCUCUAAAGAAUCUCAUAACGUCUGGUUUGGAAAAUGCCAUCUCGACUGGAAAUUGGACCAUCAAAAGAUUUAAAAUGGAUCGUCAAGGAGUGACACAGGUGCUGACUCGUCUCUCAUAUAUUUCCGCUCUUGGAAUGAUGACGCGGGUGAAUUCGCAAUUUGAAAAGACCCGCAAAGUUAGUGGGCCAAGGUCUCUGCAAGCAUCUCAAUGGGGCGUCAUUUGUCCUUCUGAUACGCCCGAAGGAGAAUCUUGUGGUCUGGUGAAAAAUCUUGCACUCAUGACACACAUCACGACAGAAGUGGAUUCUGAACCUUUGAUUCAGCUUUGCUUUGACUGCACUUGUGAGAGCAUAGAUACUCUCUACGGGAAUGACAUUUCCAACCCAGAAAUGUACAUGGUCUUCGUUAAUGGUAAUGUGAUCGGAAUGACGAGGUACCCUGAUAUCCUUGUCAACAACAUAAAGUUGCUCAGGCGAAACAACUUUGUCAGCUGCUUUGUGUCAAUCUACACUGACACCAAACACCUUGCAGUGCACGUGAGCUCAGAUGGAGGUCGUUUAUGUCGACCUUACAUAAUCGUGACAGACAGCAAACCUCUAGUCACUCCAGAGCACCUGGAGAAGUUGUCCCGCGGCUUCAUGUGCUUCGACGAUUUCCUACACAAAGGACUGAUUGAGUACCUAGACGUCAACGAGCUCAAUGACGCUCUCGUCGCUAUGUGUGAGAAAGAUAUCUGCACAGAUACAACUCACAUGGAAAUAGAACCUUUCACUAUCCUAGGUGUCUGCGCUGGUCUCAUCCCGUACCCUCAUCACAAUCAGUCUCCACGUAACACUUAUCAGUGUGCUAUGGGUAAGCAAGCUAUGGGCACGAUAGGCUUUAACCAGCAGCAACGCUUUGACACUGUCAUGCACAAUUUAAUUUACAACCAGAAACCAUUAGUCAAAACGCGCACUAUUGAGUUGAUAGGCUUCGAGGAAGUUGCUGCUGGUCAUAAUUCUAUUGUUGCCGUCUUGAGCUACUCAGGUUACGAUAUUGAAGACGCUGUUGUGUUGAAUAAGGCUUCACUCGAUCGUGGCUUUGGUCGUUGUAUCGUCUACAAAAAUGCCAAGUGUACAAUGAAACGUCACUUCAACCAGGCCUCGGACAUCAUUGAUGGACCUCUUGUGGAUGUGAGAUCAAACCAGAAGAUUUGGAAGCACAGAGCAUUGGACGAUGAUGGCUUGCCGGCAGUUGGGGCCAGAGUUUCGCCAGCGCAAGUGAUGAUCAACAAGAAAAUUCCAGUCGUGACACAAAACAACUUCCAGGCUCCAGGAGAAAAUAACCCGAGACAAGCACAACCGUUCGUGAUGACUGCAGCGGAUUACCGCGAUACUCCGUUAACUCAUAAAGGACCUGGAGACGUCAUGGUCGAGAAAGUUAUGGUUUGUGCUGAUAACGAAGAAUUCAAUCUCUUCAAACUUUUGCUCCGGCAAGUACGACGUCCAGAACUGGGUGACAAGUUCUCUUCUCGGCACGGUCAGAAAGGUGUUACCGGACUCAUUGUUAAUCAAGAAAACUUUCCGUUUUCGGACUCCGGAAUUCAGCCUGACAUGAUCAUGAACCCGCAUGGAUUUCCGUCUCGUAUGACAGUUGGCAAGCAGCUCGAGUUCAUGGCAAGCAAAGCCGGUGCCAUCAAUGGCAACUUCAACUAUGGCACUGCAUUCGGUGGCACUCCACUGACUGAAAUAUCUGAGUUGCUGAUCGAAAGAGGAUUCAAUUACGAGGGCAAAGAUAUGCUGUACUCUGGAAUAACGGGAGACCCUAUGCCUGCCUACAUCUUCAUGGGUCCGGUCUACUAUCAGAAACUUAAGCACAUGGUCAUGGAUAAGAUGCACGCUCGUUCGCGAGGUCCCCGAGCUACACUCACGCGCCAGCCUACGGAAGGACGCGCGCGUGACGGUGGACUGCGUCUUGGAGAGAUGGAGCGCGACUGCCUCAUCGCUCAUGGAUGCAGUAUGCUGUUGGUCGAGCGUUUGAUGAUCUCUUCAGAUGCGUUCGACGCCGACGUCUGUCGCAAGUGCGGCUUGCUUGGCUACUUAGGUUGGUGCGAGUACUGUGAAUCAUCAGUCAAUGUCUCGACCGUGAUAAUCCCCUACGCCUUCAAGCUUCUCUUCCAGGAACUGCUUUCCAUGAACAUAUUGCCAAAGCUCAUUCUCUCAAAUUAUUGUUCUUCUUGAUAGAAAUAAAACGCGGCGUUAGUAAGCGAGUUCCAGUAUACUCUGUGCUUGCAUAGUCAUCAAUGAUUGUAAAAUAUUUAAAUGCAAUGGUGCAAGCCAAUGUUUAAGGAAUUAAGUGUGGUGCCUACCGAUGUUAAUUGUUGAGAUUAUUAGGUUAACAACGGUUGCAAUCUUUUUGGUCCAGUAAACAUCAACAGCUGUCACUGUGUAUACAAUGAUUAUUAAUAAAUGAUCAUUAUCGAAAAAAGUCAUUUCCUUCCAUUCCAUAAAAAUGAUUUCUUCUGUCACUGCAAUGAAGCAUGAUUGAAAUAAACUUACAAUAGCUAGAAAGUUGGGAGAAAAAAAAACCGUCCACAAUCAUAUCUGUACUUUAUUUUGAGUACUAAUAAACGCUUAUUAUCUUAAUAAAUGUUCCACAAUGAACAAAGUUGUAC